AUGGUAGAAAUAGGAUGUUCUGUAAUCCUUUGCCGGAGACAUUUGGUAAUGGAUCCAUUGUUUGUAGAGAGGACAUUUUGUAAUGAACCCAAUGUAGAGAGGACAUUUGGUAAUGAACCCAAUGUAGAGAGGACAUUUGGUAAAGGACCCAAUGUAGAGAGGACAUUUGGUAAUGAACCCAAUGAAGAGAGGACAUUUGGUAAUGAACCCAAUGCAGAGAGGACAUUUGGUAAAGGACCCAAUGUAGAGAGGACAUUUGGUAAAGGACCCAAUGUAGAGAGGACAUUUGGUAAUGAACCCAAUGUAGAGAGGAUAUUUGGUAAUAAACCCAAUGUAGAGAGGACAUUUGGUAAUGAACCCAAUGUAGAGAGGACAUUUGGUAAUGAACCCAAUGUAGAGAGGACAUUUGGUAAAGGACCGAUUGUAGAGAGGACAUUUGGUAAUGAACCCAAUGUAGAGAGGACAUUUGGUAAUGAACCCAAUGUAGAGAGGACAUUUCUAUUUAUAGACGACAAAGAAUUAUUGCACUUCAUUAAUUUUUGUUCUUGGAUGGGAAAUAGUUUCUUAGACGAAACAUCUUCUUAUAGACACAUCUAA